AUCACCUUUACUUAAAACCUAAUAAAAAUGUUAUAAAUAAAACAGGACUAUGAAGUUACUAAAGUUCCACCUUCGCUAUCAUCCACCAGGCUUGGUGCUGGAGUACCUCCAAAAAGGUCUGAUAAAAAAUAAGGAUAUUGAUCUUCUGGACAUGAACUGCAAUACCGACAUUCAAGAAUUGGCAACAAAGCUCUAUCAACGCGAGGUUCUGAUCACAGAUGACGUUAGGAACCAAUUGGAGCAAUGUUUGGAGACUUUAAAGAAGCGAAUCGAGCAUGAAGGCCCAAUGGGCAAGAGAUUUUAUAUUUACAAGACAUUGGUCACCCACAUUUUGCCCCUUACAAACGUUUGCUUUGAUAAGAUUGGAAAGAGAUGUUUAUCAGGAAGUUACGAUCGGACCUGUAAGGUUUGGGAUGUGGAUUCAGGCCAAGAAUUAAAGACACUCACUGGUCAUCAAAACGUUGUAUAUUCUGUGGCAUUUAACUUUCCAGCCUGUAAUCGCGUGAUAACAGGGUCCUUUGACAAGACGGCUAAAAUCUGGAAGCCUGAGACCGGCGAAUGUCUGGCGACAUUAUGGGGUCAUGCUGGUGAAGUUGUUGCCGCCCAGUUCAGCGCGAAGGGAGAUCAUGCAGCCACUGGCUCUAUGGAUACAACAGCUAAGCUCUUCGACGUUAGGACUGGCAUGGAGAUCAACACGUACGCUGGGCACACAGCGGAGGUGAUAGCUCUGCAGUUUGACCCUAAUGAAGGACAACGACUAAUUACAGGAUCUUUUGAUGGUACCAUCUCUAUAUGGGAUACGAGACUUAAAGAUCGUGUUUCAGUACUGAGAGGCCAUGAAGGUGAAAUAUCCAACGUCCAGUUCAACUGGGACAGCUCCCUCGUGGGGUCAUCUUCCUUGGAUGGGAGUGCGAAGCUCUGGGACGCCAGGAAGACAGAAUGUCUUGCAACUGUCGCGGGGCACACGGAUGAGGUGCUAGACAUCUGCUUUGACUGGGCCGGUCAACGGAUGGCAACAUCUUCUAGUGACUGUUCAGCUCGCAUCUAUGACGUGAAAUCGGACUUCAAGGAGCUGGCUGUCAUGAGGGGACAUAGGGAGGAGGUUUCUAAGGUGUGUUUCAGUCCAGCUGGUGGAUGUCUUUUGAGUGCUUCAGCAGACCGUAGUGCGAGAAUAUGGAAUACUUCCACAGGCAACUGUUUACAGGUCCUAUCCGGCCACUGUGGGGAGAUUUUCUCGUGCGCGUUUUCGUACGCCGGUGAUGCUAUCAUUACAGCGUCAAAAGAUAACACGUGCAGGAUCUGGCGGUGACUGGAAUGGUG